AUGUCAUCCCAUGAGGAAGGAGGCGCCGCCUCCAGUGUCCCCGGCACUGGCCCCGAGAUAGCCAUUCCAGUAGAAGACGGUGAUUUCAAUCUCAGCAACAACUUUAUAGAGAAACUCAAUCUCAGCAAUGUCGAUAUAGAGAGAUUCGAGUCAUUGGACGAAGCUUUCGAAGGUGAUGAUCAGAAACUUACACGCACCACCAAACCAUUGAUCCAAAAGUUUCCAUUGACCACCUCCUAUGAUUUCCCCGGGCGUUUCCUGCCGAGGGUCAUCUCGAUCGGACCCAUCCACCGCGGAAAUUACUUUCGAGGUGGCUCCGACUCCGAGCAGCUCAAGCUCCGACUAGCGGCCCAUUUCGUGCGGAACAUCGGGGUCGAAAAGGAGACGUUGUACAACGUGAUCAAGACGGAGAUCGGUAGCUUGAAGAAAUGCUACGACCAGAAGUUAUUGGAGCCAUAUGAUGAUGAUAAGCUGGCCUGGAUGAUGUUCAUCGAUGGAUGUGCAAUCUUACAAGUCAUUUUACAAUGCUCUAAUUAUUAUUAUGAAGAUGAUGAAAUUGAAUCGUGGAGUAAAACGAUCAUUGAAACUGAUUUGCUGACAAACCUGUACUUGGAUCUGUUCUUGCUGGAAAACCAGUUGCCUUACAGUGUUCUUGGGUUGUUGAUCAAGAGCUCGAACAGCAAGAAGGAGAAUUUUUUCUGGAAAAUGAUCGAAGGGUUCAUUGAAGAUAAUGUUAUUUUCCCAGCAGAUAUGGAGCAACCACUGGAAAAGGAAGGAGAACCAGUUCAUCUCUUGGAUUAUCUUCGAAAGAGAUUGAUUAUCAAGAAAGAAAAGAAAAAAACCCUUUUGAAUAUAUUAGGGUUUAUCAAGUGCCGGAUUCUGAAUUGCAUUUGCCAAUGCGGUCCACACAGGGCCACAAAGAUGGGGUAUAAUUAUCUUGCGUUGCGUAAAGCGAAAGAUCUUAGAAAUGCUGGAAUUUUGUUCAAACAAAGUGAAACCCUCAACGUCAGUUUCAGCCAGACAUUCUUCAUCGGAAAACUAAGGCUGCCACCGAUCAAGGUGGACGAAUCGACGGGGACUAUGCUCAUGAACUUGAUAGCUUACGAAAUGUGCCCGGAUUUCGAUAACGAUUUCGCCGUCAACUCUUACGUUAGCCUCCUCGAUUCGCUCAUCAACGAUGCCGGAGAUGUUAACGUGUUGAGAAACGAUGGGGUACUGUACAAUGCCCUUGGAAGUGAUGAAGAAGUGGCUAAACUUUUCAACAAGAUGAGCCGUGUGUUGGUUCCCGAUCAACGCAUUUACUCCACCCUGAGACUGCGGGUCCAGGAUCAUUGUCGGACAAAGUGGUCCAAGCAUGCAGCUCAAGCAUAUAAUACCUAUUUUAGCAGCCCUUGGACUUUUAUAGCAGUUGUGGCCGCCAUUGCUGCACUUCUCCUCAGUUUUCUUCAGACUUAUUACACCAUUAUUUCAGCAAAGUAA